CCUUCCCCACCACGGGUGCGGGAGGCGCAGCCGAGGGAAGAUGGCGGAGGAGGAGAAGCUGCCCGCGGGCUGGGAGAAGCGCAUGAGCCGCAGCUCCGGCCGGGUCUAUUACUUCAACCACAUCACCAACGCCAGCCAGUGGGAGCGGCCCAGCGGCGGCGGCGGCCCCGGCAGCGGCGGCCCCGGUAGCGGCGGCGGCAGGAACGGGCCCGGCGAGCCCAGCAAGGUGCGGUGCUCCCACCUGCUGGUGAAGCACAACCAGUCCCGGCGCCCGUCCUCCUGGCGGCAGGACAAGAUCACGAGGACCAAAGACGAGGCCCUGGGGCUGAUCAAUGGCUACAUCCAGAAGAUAAAAUCGGGAGAAGAGGAUUUCGAGUCUCUCGCUUCCCAGUUCAGCGACUGCAGCUCGGCCAAAGCAGGAGGAGACCUGGGGGUGUUUGGGAGAGGUCAGAUGCAGAAGCCUUUUGAAGACGCCUCCUUUGCGCUGCGGGCCGGCGAGAUGAGCGGCCCCGUGUUCACAGAGUCAGGGAUCCACAUCAUCCUGCGCACGGAGUGAAGUGCCUUGGGCCCGGAGGCAGGCCAAGGGCAAGGGGAAGGAGGGGGGGGCAAAACCCCACCGAGGGCAUCACCGCCUCCAACCCUGCGCUCUCUCCCAAAGGAACUUCAUCUCCACUUCAACGAAUAACCAAGCUCAUUUCA